AUGAGUUGGCCUGGAUAUCUUGCAGGUGGCCUCAUGGUACCCACUAUUCUUACCCAAAUGAUUCCUUUGAUCCGUAAGAAACCAGCAGCCUCACCAUAUGUUUAUUUUAAUUCUUUGUUAAUAAAUAUUGGCUAUGGCUUACUUCCUGCUAUUACUUGUAAUCAAGCAUUAGCGUAUAUUUCUUAUGCUUGUCUCGGAAUAGGAUUUUUCUUCUUUAUUUUCCCAUUUGAUACAUGCUGCUGCAGAUCAUGGUUCGAUGGCUGGCAUUUUGCUGCAGGAGAACUUUGUCGUUCAAAACUUUCACGUGGUGAAUUUAUUACAGCGCUGUGCGGAAAUCGUGCACUUCCUCCUCUGAUUACCGUUCAUGCAGAAGCCUACCACUACGAAACCCGUGUUCGCCAUUAUACAACCACUAAUUCCGAAGGUGAAACAGAGCACCAUACAGAGACAUAUACCGAAAAAGUUACAACUUAUUACAACCACAAAGCCUAUAAGUAUAAAUCAUGGCAAGAAGAUGGCAACCAAAUUCGUAUCAAAGAGACCGAUGUUUGCCAUGCCGUUUGCACAGUUCAUUAUAGAUUCGAUGAUAAGGCCGUCAAGAAGUUAAAUAAACUUCGCCGUAAAAUGUACAAGGAAGCAAAGAGACACGAUCUCUACGCUGACGUUAGCCAUUCAAUCGAAACACCUAAAUUCAGGACAAGUAUCACAGGCUAUCUUUGCCAAGAAGAACCAUGUGAGAUCAAGUUCUACCAGAGCUGCAUUGGCCGUUUCCUUUGGUUCAUUUGCUCACUCCUUGGUUAUCAAUCAGUUUUCGAAUACCGCUGGACAUCAACUGGCGAAAGAAUGCAUCUCAGACUUCUUAAGAACAUCUCCGGCCACUCAGACAAGUACCGCUGCAAAUUCUACCAAGAAGACCAUGAUGCAGCUUCAUCCACAUUCAGAACAGACGGAGGCGUUUACAGCCUUAACGAUUCCCUCCUUAUGUCAUUCAACCCUCAGGUCAUCGACCCACUUUGGCUCCAGGAUCUCCCACCAAUUGAAGCUCUUCCUCCUGGUCAGCAAGGCCAAGCUCCACCACCACCUCCACCUCAACCUCAGCAACAAGGCGGAUAUCCCCCUCAACAAGGCGGAUACCCACCACAGCAGGGCGGUUACCCACCUCCACAGCAAUACGCUCCUCCACCUGGUUACAACGCUCCUCCACCUGGAUAUGCUCCAGGCUACCUUCCACAACAGCAGGGAUAUGCACCACCACCACAGGGCUAUGCAGCACCUCCUCCUGGAUCCCAGCAACCACCGCCCAAAAUGCAAUGA